CACUCAAGUGAAGAAGCGCAUUGGCGGCAGCAAUAACCGAAGAAAGGAGAAACGUUGUCAACAAGCCACGAUGGGCGUUCACGGUCUCUGGGAACUGCUUGCCCCCGUCGGCCGCCGCGUCUCCGUCGAAACCCUAGCCGGAAAGAAACUCGCAAUCGAUGCGAGUAUAUGGAUGAUCCAAUUCAUGAAGGCGAUGAGGGACGAUAAAGGCGAAAUGGUGAAGAACGCUCAUAUUUUGGGAUUCUUUCGCCGAAUCUGCAAGCUAUUGUUCCUCCGUACCAAGCCAGUCUUCGUCUUUGAUGGUGGCACUCCCGCUCUCAAGCGCCGGACUGUCAUCGCUCGUCGCAGACAGCGCGAGAAUGCUCAGGCUAAGAUCCGAAAAACUGCUGAGAAAUUGCUCCUCAACCACCUCAAGGCAAUGAGGUUGAAAGAACUGGCCAACGAUCUCGAAAGCCAAAGGCAGAAGAAUGAUGCUAAGGGUAAAAAGGUUAUCACUGAUCAGAAAGAAAUGGCAGAUGACAAUGCAGAAGGAAAUAAUACUGCAUCAUUUAGUUUAAACCAGGAAGAACUAGAUGAAAUGUUGGCAGCAUCCCUUGCGGCAGAGGAAGAUGAAAGUUUUACUGGCAAUGCAUCAACCUCUGGCAUGGGGAUUCCUACGGAAGAAGAUAAUGACAGUGACGAUGAAGAGAUGAUACUUCCAGCAAUGAAUGGAAAAGUUGAUCCUGCUGUGUUAGCUGCUUUACCUCCAUCAAUGCAACUUGAUCUUCUUGUUCAGAUGAGAGAGAGAUUGAUGGCAGAGAACAGACAGAAAUAUCAAAAGGUCAAAAAGGCCCCUGCAAAGUUUUCAGAAUUACAAAUACAGUCCUAUCUCAAAACUGUGGCUUUUCGUCGGGAGAUAGAUGAAGUUCAGAAAUCUGCUGCUGGGAAGGGAGUAGGUGGUGUCCAGACUUCGCGGAUAGCCUCUGAAGCCAAUAGAGAGUUUAUUUUCUCAUCAUCUUUUACUGGGGAUAAACAAGUUCUUACAUCUGCUGGAGUAGACAGACAUGUUGAGAAUAAAAAGCUACAUCAGACACCAUCUGACCCUCCUCCAGAAUCUCUGGGGAGCAUUGCAUCUACCAAGAAGUCCAAUGCUAAAACUCGAUCAGUAGCGGAUGACCGUCGAAGGGUAUUUGAUAAUAAUAUUGAGAAACCUCCUCCUUCAGAGUCUCUGGGGAGCAUUGCAUCAUCUACCAAGAAGUCCAAUGCUGAAACUGGAUCAGUUGCAGAUGACUCUGGAAGGGUUUUUGAUAAUGAUAUUGAGACAUAUCUGGAUGAGAGGGGACGUGUUCGAGUCAGUAGGGUGAGGGCUAUGGGAAUUCGCAUGACCCGAGAUUUACAAAGAAAUUUGGAUUUGAUGAAAGAGAUCGAGCAAGACCAAGUGCACACAAUUGAGAUUGCAAAUAAUGAGUCUAUCCUUGAUAAAAAAUCAGGUGGUGUCUCAAGAAGACUUCCUGAUAAAAUCCAGCUUAUAGAAACUUCGUAUCAAGGUAGUGAUGGAUCUGUUCACUUAGAUGAUAGGAAUGAUGAGUCUACAUUUAAAAAUGAUAAUUUGAUGGAGAUAUCGUUUGAGGAUGAUGGUGGCCACAAAUGUUUGGAUGAUGAUGAUAUAUUUGCUCGUUUAGUGGCAGGAGAUCCAGUAAUGAUUUCUUCAGCUGAUAAUAGUCCCUCAAAGAAACAUUCUCUUGAUUCUGAUUCAGAUUGUGACUGGGAAGAAGGAGUGAUUGAAGAGAAAGGUAAUAGUUUGAUUCAUGAUAUUAAAAAGGAAAGUAGGCUUGCUCUUGCUGACGGUGACAGUAAUAAUAAUGACAGUGAAGGAUGGGAGGACGGAGAUUCUGAUGUUCGUAAGUAUGCUUCUCCAUCUCCUGCUGAAAGUAAAACUGCCUCAAAAGGUGUUUUUGAAGAGGAAGCUGAUUUCCAAGAAGCAGUAAGGAGAAGUCUGGAGGAUUUAAAGGGACAGAAAUCUAGUGCAUCGCUUGCAGCUGAGAAAUUAAAAGACGCCAUAGAAAUGCCUCGUCAGACUACAAGUGUUGGUUCUGUUCGUCAAGAAAAUGACAAGGCUGAGCCUAAUAUGCCACCAGAUAAUGCUGUGCUAACAGAUGAAUCAUCUUACGAGGUUAUCAGUAGAGUUGAAAGGGUGGACAGUGAGGCUAGAAUUAAUAUGUUAAAUACUGAUGAUUCUCCUGGGGGACAGUUGGCAACAUCAAUGGCAGUUUGUCCUGAUAUCACAGAAGGACCGAUAGAUAAACCAUGUGAAAGGUACCCAGAUCCGCAUGGUGAACGUUUUCUGCAAGGUAAUAGUGAAGCUGAAAUUUUACUUGGAGAAAUUGAACGUAAGGAAGUAACUACUGUUGAAGGAAAGGGGGUUCACUUGAUUGUGGAGCAGCUCUUGGAUACAUCUAAUGUUGGUGGUCAGGUCACCUGUGGCAAUAGUUGUUCUGGGGUUAGUUCUCAGAUUUCUGAUAUGGUGUUGGGUGAGACACCUCAUGUCAUUGUCGCUAAUGCUCAACAAAAUGUCUUUGAAGCUGAUGCAAAUUACUGUUUAAUAGAGACAACAGAACACAGAGAAUCUUCUGUUAAAGAAUCAACAGCCAACCAUGAUGUUGCACAAAAAUUGCCCAAUGAAAAAAAUCAUGAUAAUGUUGCUGAGCAGAGAGGGGAUGAGAUGCAUGAAUUUACAUAUAAGGAUGCCACAGAGCAGCCAAUUGAAGUUACAGAGGCUAGUUUGGAGGAGGAAAUGCUAAAUUUAAGCAAAGAACGCAUAGAUUUAGGAGAUGAGCAGAGAAAGCUCGAGCGCAAUGCGGAGUCUGUUAGCAGUGAAAUGUUUGCAGAAUGCCAGGAGCUUCUUCAAAUGUUUGGCUUGCCAUAUAUUAUUGCACCAAUGGAAGCUGAAGCUCAGUGUGCAUACAUGGAACUGGAAAGCCUUGUAGACGGUGUGAUUACUGAUGACUCUGAUGUGUUCUUGUUUGGGGCACAAAGUGUUUACAAGAAUAUAUUCGAUGACCGCAAAUAUGUUGAGACGUACUUUAUGAAGGAUAUUGAGAAUGAUCUUGGCCUAACACGAGAAAAACUAAUCCGUAUGGCACUGCUUCUUGGGAGUGAUUAUACUGAAGGUGUAAGUGGGAUUGGCAUUGUUAAUGCUAUUGAAGUUGUUAAUGCAUUUCCUGAGGAAGAUGGACUCAGUAAAUUCCGGGAGUGGAUUGAAUCACCAGAUCCAACGAUUCUGGGGACGUUUGAUGUGAAACCAGGAUCUAGUUCGAGGAAAAGAGGGUCAAAAGUCAGUGACAGUGAUGUUGAUUGCUCGAAUAGCAAUCUGGAAGAACUCUCUGCAUCUGACCAAACUGUUUCACAGUCUAUGGAUUAUAUUGAUAACACGAGGCAGGUCUUCAUGGAUAAGCAUAGAAAUGUGAGCAAAAACUGGCACAUUCCCUGUACUUUUCCAAAUGAAGCAGUAAUUUCUGCAUAUGUUUCUCCACAAGUGGACAAGUCAACCGAGCUUUUCUCAUGGGGAAAGCCAGAUCUUUUUGUUCUUCGCAAUCGACUUGCAGUGACUUGAUCAAUUAAACAUGAUGGAAUUUUGUUUAGCUUUGUCCAAAAUUCACAGUUGUGUAUGAAGUUUUACCUGUCAAAAAACUUGCUGAAU